AUUUGAGCUGUUGUGAUCAUCAACAUGAUUCAGUUUGUGAACGCUGUACCCUGUUUCCAGCUGCUGUAAGCCAGAUAGAGUCUGUUCUCGAGAAAGUUSAUAUACCACAAGAAAGCAAAGAAGAAAUGAAAUUUAUCAUGGYRCAAUCAAAGAAAAAUGUUAACGCUUGGAAAGCACAUUUGUUACGAUCAGUCAACCAAGAUGAAGGACGCCUAGACAUCCAAAAUAGUUUAGAUGACGAGUCUGUGCUGGUAGUCCUGGAUUGGGCUAUGAAGUUUGUUCCCCGCAAGUACCGCGAGAGYCAGACAGACUGGUUUGGAAAGCGCGGGCUUUCCUGGCACGUCUCUGUAGCGAUAAGAAAGCUUAAGGAAAAGCCAAUACAGAUGCUCACACUUCUGCACAUUUUUCAGAAAAGUAAUCAGGACAGCCACUAUGUAUUGGCGGUUAUCGAUGAUGUCAUCUACCAGCUAAAACGCGUAAUGCCCACUCUCAGAUGUAUUAACUUCAGACAAGAUAACGCAGGCUGUUAUCACAGCUCAACAACAGUACUUGGAGUUCGACAGCUUUCCAAGAAACACAAUGUCGACAUACGCAUGGAUUUUUCUGACCCUCAAGGGGGUAAAGGCCCAUGCGAUCGUAAAGCGGCUACAAUGAAAAAGCAUAUGAGGUCAUAUCUCAACUGUGGACAUGAUAUUUCAAACGCAGAGCAAAUGAAAGAUGCGAUUACCGCAAACGAUGGUGUACGUGGUGUCAGUGUUGUUCUCUGUGGUACCAUACAAAUCCCUAAAGCAGACCCUUUUCCCAAAUGGCCAGGUGUAAGCCUCAUCAACGACAUCGUGUUUAAGGAGAAAGAAAUGAAAGUAUGGAGAGCAURCGGGRUUGGAGAGGGGAAGUCUGUUCCUUACAGCCAGUUUGAUUCAAAGUCUUCACCAAAAUUACCAGAUUUAACUAAAAUAGAAGAUGUCGUCCAAGCACCUACAUUCUGCGACGUUAAUCCAAGAAAAAAUGUCAGACAAAAACAACAAAAGGAUAGUCCAGCUGACUCUACAAACAACGCAGUUGACAGUGAUACAGAUGAAGAUACUCUAUUUACCUGUACUGAGGAAGGAUGUGUGAAAACCUUCCAGCGCUUAUCGGCACUACAAACUCACCUAGACRWUGGAAAACACAAAUACGUUCUCGAACGGGAGACUUUUCUUGAUAAAGCAAUGCUAAGAUAUGCAGAAAAUUUGGAAAGUGGAGAUUCUGAKGCAGGAGAGCACACAAGGACCGACGAUAGUGGAUCAGCACCAUCUGUUCAAAUGCCACCUUCUACCAUGGGAUGGGCCUUGAAGUAUAGCUCUGUAACAAGACGCCGCCUAACAGAAAGCCAAAAAAAAUAUCUUACAGAUAUAUUUGUUCUUGGUGAGGACACAGGGAGAAAAGCAGACCCCGAUGAUGUUUCUAAGUCGAUGAGGAAGGCACGCGAUGAUCACGGCUCAUUUCUUUUCGACUCUAGUGAUUAUUUGACCUCUAAGCAGAUC